AUGCUGCUCCCGUUCCUCCUCACGCUAACGCUGCUCACCCCCUUCUACCUGAUCUACAAGCCGCCGUCGCUGCUGAUCCGCUACUUCCAACACCGCUGGCCGGACACUCUCUGGCACGUGCCGCUCCCCAGCAACAAGAAGCUCAUUGCGCUGACCAUCGACGACGCGCCGUCCGUGCACACCCCCGAGCUGCGCGCCGUGCUGGCCGACAACGCCGCCGCCGCGACCUUCUUCCUCAUCGGGUCCCAGAUCCCCGGCCGCGAGGCGGAGCUGCAUGAGCUGGUGCGGGCCGGCCAUGAGCUGGGGAACCAUGCGAUGCGCGACGAGCCGAGUCGGAGUCUGAGUGAUGGGGAGCUUCGCGAGCAGGUGCGCGUGGUGCAGGAUCGCAUUCGCGCGGCGUAUUCGGCGGUCGGGCGCCGGGAGCCCCGCGAGAGGUGGUUUCGGCCUGGGAGUGGGUUUUUCAGUGAGCGCAUGCGGGGCGUGUUGGGGAGUUGGGGUUCAGGAUUGUGCUGGGCAGUGUGUAUCCGCAUGAUGCGCAGGUGA